AAGCUAGAAUACUUUGACACCAAAACACACAACAGCUUGUUGCGCCACGUUCAAGCCAGUUAUGUUUUGAUUUAUUUGGAAGUGCAUUUUGAUAAGAGAUAUCAUGAGCGAACGGAAGAAGGCCCAAAACGCGUGUGUUAUCGUGCUGGGAGAUAUUGGUCGCAGUCCUCGCAUGCAGUACCAUGUGAAGAGCCUUUCGGAGAAUGAUUUUUCGGUAGACUUUAUCGGAUAUGUACAUACGACGCCGUUAGAGGAAAUCAGAGCAAGCCCCAAUGUACGCAUACACAAGUUGAACCCAUUUCCCGAGCUUGAACUGCCCAACGUCCUGAAAUACCUUUUCAAGACAGUAUGGCAAGCGCUUGGACUACUGAUCACUCUCAUCAGUAUACCGAAACCGAAGUUUAUUCUAUGCCAGAAUCCUCCGGCCAUUCCUGCUAUUAUUGUUGCGUACCUGUAUUGCUUGUUGGUUCGCUCCAGGCUCAUAAUUGAUUGGCAUAACUACACGUACUCGAUUUUGGCUCUUGAGUCGUCCCCAGAAUCGCCGAUUGUACGCAUUGCCAAGCAGAUAGAAAAAUUCUUCGGGGCAAGGGCGGCCGACAGCUUUUGUGUAACUAAAGCAAUGAAGAACGAUCUCUACACCCAGUGGAAUGUUAGAGCAACCGUGUUGUAUGAUCGCCCUCCACAACAAUUUCAAAGCAUCUCCGUACAGGAAAAGCAUAACCUUUUUCUACGUCUUUCUGAAAGCAUAAGCGCCUUUCGCACGGAACCUGAUGCAGCAAGUGAAGACAUCGUAGAAUGUACGGCGUUCACCGCAAAGUAUCGUAACGGAGACGUCAGGCUGCGCGAUUCGCGGCCUGGCUUAUUGGUGUCCAGCACUAGCUGGACGCCGGACGAGGAUUUUAGCAUGCUCAUCAGUGCGCUCGAUCAGUACGAGCGGGACGCGCUGGAGCAACCGUCCCACUAUCCAGAUAUUGUGUGCAUAAUUACCGGCCAAGGGCCGCUCAAGGAAAACUAUCGAAAAAUUGUGCAUUCCAAGUCGUGGAAAAAGAUUAAGCUCGAGAUGCCAUGGUUGGAAAACGAAGACUACCCUAAACUGUUAGCUAGCAGCGAUUUAGGCGUAUGCCUACACUACAGCUCAAGCGGACUUGAUUUACCCAUGAAGGUGGUGGAUAUGUUUGGCUGUGGGCUACCGGUUUGUGCCGUACACUUCGAUUGCAUUGAUGAACUGGUGAAGCAUGGUGAGAAUGGGUUCGUUUUCCAGCACCAUCAGGAACUGGCAGAGCAAAUAGGCCAUUGGUUCUACGACUUCCCGAGUAACAUUGCCUUGGCGAACAUGAAGCAGGACAUGCAGAAACAUUUGAAACAAUUUCAGGCUCUCAGAUGGACAGAAAACUGGAAAAAUGUCGCAUUGCCGGUGUUCAAAAGCUAGGCUUAAAAGUGGUACAUACUUUCUUGUGGCUUAUUGCGCGAUUGUAGUUGUAAGUAGGUAGAAGUUUUUGUUUCACUAAACACACUAAAUAAAGAACUGAUCUAAUAAAUAUUGAAUUACGCAGAAUGCACAA